AUUCAAAUCAUCCCAGAUCGGCUCUGCCUCCUCGCCUGCUGUGAUGUCUGUGUCUCUGUCCAGCAUCCCCGUCGUGAAGGACAAGCCGUUCCACUCCAACCCCCUCAAAGGCAGUCCUGUCCGGGGCUCGGGUUACUACGCUGCCCCGCUGCCCGGAGCCCACCACAACAUGAACAUCUUCAGGAGCUCUCAGCAUCCCCUCCACCCGCUCAAGUCUCUGGGACGGCUAGUCACCGACACCCAGGCAGUCAUGCCGUUCAACUUCACCGCCGGUAACCCCUCAUUCUUCGGCCACGGCGGCCACGCCGUUAACGUGCUCCAUGAGCAGAUUUUUAACGUGUCGAACAUCCCGUAUUUCAAUCGGAUGAUGCCGGGAGUGGGACAAGCGAUUUACUCCAAGCACGAGGAGCUGGCGGCGGUGGUGACCGAGCACGCUACUGGGCCGUUAUCAGACUACAGCAGUCCCGCUUCGAGCGAGAGGUCUUCUGCUCACUCCGUCUCGCCGUCCAAAGCACGUUCGCUCCACCUCAGGGGAACCGAAUUAUCAUCGAAGAAGACGCGCACUUAUAGUUUCAGUGAGGACGAUCUGUUCACGGUGCUGUACGGAUAUACCGGGAGACAAGAGCAGAAUACCGGUCACGCUAUCUCAGGAAUAGCCCUGACCGGGAACUCAGUUUGUAACAGUGAGACACUCACCUUGAAUACUCAGGCGCUUGAGCUUCCAGAAGAGUUAACUAUCCACCAGACGAGUUACUGCAGUUUGUCCCACUACGGAGUUUUUGCGGUGAAGAGCGCCGUCACCAAGGGAACCCGGUUCGGCCCAUUUCAGGGGAAACUGGUCAAUACGAGCGAGAUCAAAACACAUGACGACAACACUCUGAUGUGGGAGGUGUUCGAGAACGGUCGGUUGAGUCACUUCGUGGAUGGCCGGGGCUCUUCCGGUAACUGGAUGUCGCUGGUGAAGUGCGCGCGCUUCCCGGAGGAGCAGAACCUAAUCGCAGUACAGAGUCAGGGCCAGAUCUUCUACGAUGCCUGUAAGGAGGUCCAUCCGGGCCAGGAGCUGCUGGUCUGGUACGGGGACUGCUAUGUUCAGUUCCUGGGGAUUCCUCUCACUCUGAAAGACUCGCCGGAGGAGGGGAACGUUAUGCUUCCGCUUGAAGAUUCUGGAGAGGGUUUUAAGUGUGAUCGGUGUGGCAAAGUGUUCGCCUAUCAAUACUACAGAGACAAGCAUCUGAAGUACACGCGCUGCGUGGACCAGGGCGACCGGAAGUUCCCGUGUCAUCUCUGCAACAGGUCGUUCGAGAAGAGAGACCGACUGAGGAUUCAUAUCCUACACGUUCACGAGAAACACCGACCACAUAAGUGUUCGGUGUGCGCUAAGAGUUUCUCUCAGUCCUCCAGUCUCAACAAACACAUGCGCGUGCACUCGGGAGAGCGGCCCUACAAGUGUGUCUACUGUAACAAGGCCUUUACCGCUUCCAGUAUCCUGCGCACGCACAUCCGCCAGCACUCCGGAGAGCGGCCCUUCAAGUGUAAACACUGCGGGAGAGCCUUUGCCUCGCACGCCGCGCACGACAGCCACGUCCGACGCACCCACGCCAAUGAUAAGCUGCACCCGUGCGACGUGUGCGGCAGCACCUUCCAAGAAGCGACAGAACUCAAGAACCACAUGAAGAGUCACACAAAAGGCCCUCUGUCGGAACCCGCAGUUCCUCCUAUCAUCUCACGAAACGGAUCUUUGGAGGAUACAACCGCGAUGUUUUCAUUCACCAAGGACUGCAGGACGCAAAGACUGACGGAGGAGAACUUUUACACAGGCCUGACGAUUCUGAACCAAGAAUAUCGACCCUGGAAUUAAACCCAUUCCGUAUGAAUGAUCAUUUCUUAUUCUAGAAUUUGUUAAGGGAAAUAUCAAGUAGAGCUCAGAUCGCUAUAAGACGUCCAAACAGCGACACGUUUUAUGUUUUUAGAGUAAUAACUAUUGGGAAAAUAUAUUUAAUACAACGUUACUGUAUUGUAUGACACACUGUAAAUUGUUUUUGUCCAAUUUAUUUAUUUGAAUCUGGGUUUUUUUUGUGUGUGGGAAUAAUACGUGUUGUUUGUGGCUAAACAUUUCUGUUAUUAGUGGGAUUUAGUUAUUAUUGGUGUUGGUCACUGAAGCCAAGUAACGCAAGAUUUUAACGAAAUGUUACGUUUAUUAACGUUCGUGAUCACAAAUGUACAAAUUCACAAAUUUAAAUAAGCUUGGAUUAGUGUUAUUCUGUAGGAUAAAUACUGUAUAAACGUUUUGCAUUUAUACAUACAUCCCCAAUCCACAUUUAUCAAUUUAAAUGUGUUAAUUUAUCUUCAUACAAUAUUUAUCAUACUACCUCUAGCUAAAUUCAUCCUAUUUCACGGUCAGAUAGAUAACUGUUUGUUUUACGUUUGACUGUCUGUUUCUCGUCUCUUGUAGGCUGCAAAAGCAGUCACUGUAAUGGGUAUCUGUAUUUCAUUGUUAAAAAGCAUCGGCUGUCUAAUAAAUAUGAAUUAAAUAAUAGCAUGAAAUAAACAUAAA